GCGCCCGGACCCCGCGCGGCGGACGGGCCCAGCGCAGGCGGCGGCGGCGGCGGCUCGGGCCAUGCGGGGCAGCGGCUGAGCGGCGCGGGGCGGCCUCGGCCUCCUUUGCCGCCGCCCGGCGGGAGCCGGUUGGCUAAUCUCGUACGGCGGGCUUUAAACUAACUUCACCGGGGGAAGGGGCCACUUCAAGUGGAGAGCAUGCUUCACCAGCACGCAGGGUGACAAGAGAAAGGGAAGCACAGCCAGGUUGAAUUGUUUUUGGAAAGCGUGACGACAAUCAUUCUAGCUGUGUUGGAGGACCAGACAUUCAGAUAAAUGCAGUAUCUAAAUGUAAAAGAAGAUUGCAAAGCCAUGGCUUUCUGUGCAAAAAUGAGAAACUCAAAGAAGAGUGAAGUGAGCACAGAAGUUCAAGAGCAGGGAUUGGAAAUACUAUUUUAUUUGCAAGAUAAGCCUCCUAUUCGCCACAUCAGUGGCGAGUAUACAGCAGAAGACCUUUGCUUUGAAGCUGCUCAGGAGUGCUCUAUAUCUCCAUUGUGCCACAAUCUUUUUGCACUGUUUGAAGAGAGUAAAAGACUCUGGUAUGCACCAAACCAUGUCUUCAAAAUAGAGGAGAAAACAGCACUCCGGCUUCAUUAUCGCAUGAGGUUUUAUUUUACCAACUGGCAUGGAACAAGUGAAAAUGAGCCAUCAGUCUGUAGACAUACACCAAAGAAAUCAAAGAGUGCUUAUGAGAAGAAAAUUUUGCCAGAUGGAAGCCCAAUACUUGAUGGAUACUCACUAGAAUACCUUUUUGCCCAGGGACAGCAUGAUUUGGUGAAGGGCCUGGCCCCAGUUCGAGACCCUAAAAAUGAUCAGGAAAUUCAUGAAAUCGAAAAUGAAUGUCUGGGAAUGGCUGUCCUUGCAAUCUCUCACUUUGCCAUCAACAAAAACACGAAGCUGCCAGAUCUUCCCAAGGAUAUCAGUUACAAGCGUUAUAUUCCUGAAACUUUGAACAAGAGUAUCAGACAGAGGAAUAUCUUAACCAGAAUUCGGAUAAACAAUGUUUUCAAGGAGUUCCUUAAGGAAUUUAACAAUAAAACCAUUUGUGAUAGCAGCGUGUCUCCACAUGACCUGAAGGUUAAAUACUUAUCGACAAUGGAAACUUUAACAAAACAUUUUGGAGCAGAAGUUUUUGAGACUUCUUCAUUGCUGAUUUCAUCAGAGAAUGAGAAAAACAGAUUUAAUUUUGGAGAAAAUGAGAACGUUCCACAGUAUGAAGUGAUGGUGACAGGGAACAAUGGAAUACAGUGGAGGCUCAAGCCAAAUAUUCAACAGACUGACAAAGAGAAGCAUAAACUAAAGAGGAAGAAAUUGGAUGGCAAAAACAAAAAGGAUGAAUUAAAAACCAAAAUCCAAGAGGAGUGGAACAAUUUUUCAUACUUUCCAGAAAUCACACAUGUUGUCAUAAAGGAGUCCACAGUCAACAUUAACAAGCAGGACAACAAAAGGAUGGAAUUAAAACUCUCUUCACAUGCGGAGGCCUUGUCAUUUGCGUCAUUGAUAGAUGGAUACUUCAGACUUACAGCAGAUGCCCACCACUAUCUCUGCACUGAUGUUGCUCCACCUUUGAUAGUGCACAACAUAAAAAGUGGAUGCCAUGGCCCCAUUUGCACCGAGUACGCCACCAACAAAUUGAGACUAGAGGGGAAUGAGGAAGGAAUGUACGUGCUGAGAUGGAGUUGUACCAACUUCAAUCACAUCCUCAUGACAGUGACGUGUUCUGAAACCUCAGAGUUACAGGUAAACAGUUCAGUCCAGUACAAAAACUUCCAGAUUGAGAUGAAGAAAAAUGAGUGCCUUCUGCAUGGCUCCAAUAGGUCUUUCUCAUCCCUAAAAGAGCUGAUGGAUCACUUGAAGGGACAGAUCCUUAAGACAGACAAUAUCAGCUUUACACUGAGGAGAUGCUGCCAGCCGAAACCAAGAGAAAUCUCCAACUUAUUAGUGGCAACAAAGAAAGCUCAGGAAUGGCAGCCAGUUUACUGUCUAGGUCAGCUGAGUUUCCAUCGAAUCCUCAAAGAAGAAAUUACCCAAGGUGAACACCUGGGAAGAGGAACAAGGACACAGAUUUACUCUGGGCUUCUCAACUAUAAGGAAUAUGAGAAUGAAGGGUACCAGGAUGAAAAAGAGAUCAAAGUCCUCCUCAAAGUCUUGGACCCCAGCCACAGGGAUAUUUCACUGGCAUUUUUUGAAACAGCAAGCAUGAUGAGGCAGGUUUCCCACAAACACAUCGUCCUUCUUCACGGGGUUUGUGUCCGUGACGUGGAAAAUAUUAUGGUUGAAGAGUUUGUUGAAUUUGGGCCUUUGGAUCUCUUUAUGCACCGGAAAAGUGAUGUUCUUACAACUCCUUGGAAGUUCAAAGUAGCUAAACAGCUCGCAAGCGCACUAAGCUACUUGGAGGAUAAAGAUCUAGUACAUGGAAAUGUGUGUACUAAAAAUAUACUGUUGGCAAGAGAGGGAAUAGACAGUGAAUAUGGUCCUUUCAUAAAGCUGAGUGACCCAGGAAUUCCCAUAACUGUGCUGUCCAGACAAGAGUGCGUUGACCGAAUACCUUGGAUCGCACCAGAAUGUGUGGAAGAUUCCAAAAAUUUAAGCAUUGCAGCAGACAAGUGGAGUUUUGGCACAACGCUAUGGGAAAUCUGCUACAAUGGAGAAAUACCCCUGAAGGAUAAGACAUUAGCAGAGAAAGAGAGGUUUUACGAAGGACACUUCAUGCUGGUGACACCAUCCUGCAAGGAACUUGCCGACUUGAUGAAACAAUGCAUGAACUAUGACCCCAAUCAGAGACCAUUCUUCAGAGCAGUUAUGAGGGACAUCAAUAAACUGGAGGAACAAAAUCCUGAUAUUGUGUCUGAAAAGAAGCCUUAUGCAGAGGUCGAUCCCACCCUGUUUGAAAAACGGUUCUUGAAGAGAAUCCGUGACCUGGGAGAGGGUCACUUUGGCAAGGUUGAACUCUGCAGAUAUGAUCCAGAAGGUGACAAUACAGGAGAGCAGGUGGCUGUGAAGUCCCUGAAACCAGAGAGUGGUGGAAAUCACAUCGCUGAUCUGAAGAAAGAGAUUGAAAUCUUGCGGACUCUUUAUCACGAUAACAUAGUGAAAUACAAGGGGAUCUGCACAGAAGACGGAGGAAGUGGAAUUAAACUUAUCAUGGAGUUUCUUCCUUUGGGGAGUCUCAAGGAAUAUCUCCCUCGGAACAAGAACAAAAUCAACUCAAAACAGCAGCUGAGAUACGCAGUUCAGAUCUGCAAGGGAAUGGAUUACUUGGGCUCCUGUCAGUACGUUCACCGGGACUUGGCAGCCAGAAACGUCCUUGUUGAAAGUGAGAACAGAGUGAAGAUUGGAGACUUUGGCCUCACAAAAGCUAUUGAAACGGAUAAGGAAUACUACACGGUGAAAGACGAUCUCGACAGCCCUGUCUUCUGGUACGCUCCAGAAUGCCUGCUUCAGAGCAAAUUUUACAUUGCUUCAGAUGUCUGGUCAUUUGGAGUGACAUUGUAUGAGCUACUUACCUACUGUGACUCUGAAUCCAGUCCAAUGGCAGAAUUCUUGAAAAUGAUUGGUCCCACCCAAGGCCAGAUGACAGUAGCUCGGCUUGUGCGUGUAUUACAAGAAGGGAAGCGUUUACCACGUCCACCAAACUGCCCGGAAGAGGUUGAUCAGCUGAUGAGGAAGUGUUGGAUGUAUAUUCAAACUGAACGGACCACCUUUCGCAACCUUAUUCAAGGAUUUGAAGCACUUAUAAAUAAAACCUAAUUCACAUUUUUGUAUUGUCUGUGCUAUAAAUGUGUCAAAAUACAACAUGCAAGCCUUCUAUUUUUAAAUACUGUAGUUUGUACUCUGGCUAUGCUAAUAUGCAUUUAAAAGUUUCCUUUCUCCAAGGAUUUACUUUUUAUUUUUUGUCUGGUCAGCACAUGAAUCAAGACAACUUAACACCAUAAUAGAAAUUUGUUUUUAAAAAAAGGCAUGUUUGGUUAAUAUGUACAUUAUAUGGAUUAUAUUGGGCUAAUCAGAAUUGAAAAACGUGUAAAGAAAGACUGUACUUCUCAGUGCCAACAUAUGUAGCGUAUUAAAUAUUCUGUCCCUAGAGGGUUUAUUUCCUAAUUAGCUAAGCUAGAAGGUAUACAAAACUUGCCAAGGCAAUUGCUUUUCAAGUAUGCAAAUUUUUAUGGGUGUACAAGUUUUGUUUUGUUUUUUAAACAGUGGCUGACAGAAAACCCUAUAAUAGCCUUCAUGUGCACAUGAGUUUUUAAAACAUAAUUUAAAAAAAAAUCGGCACAAUCAUUAGUCCAGAUCCUAUGUAUUAUCAAUCAAGUGCUUAUUAACCAACUUUGCCCCAGUUUGAAGUCCUAACAUUUUAUGUCACAGGGGGAAAAAAAUAAAUUUUAAACGUCAAGUUUCCACUUACACACGUUCAGGAUCAUGCAUUUCAGUUUAAAUUUACUUUUUUAAGUAAAAAAUUCUCCCUGUCUAAAGCACUGUGUAACAUACAAAUGCUCAGUGAGCAAGCAUAGUACUCCUUGGCAUGAACCACAGGAGAGCUGCCAGGGUUGGUAAAAUGUGUCUGGGAAAUCAGGAACGCAUGUAUGAGAACAACAAAAUAAUAAUCAGACAUGUAAUGCACUCCAGGCCUGGGAGCACUCCUCCAACCGUCACCAGAGCAUUCGUGUGUCAGGGCCAAGACCUGAACAGUUGUGAGGUCUCCCAGAUAAAACAAUGUUUGCUUAUUGUCUGCCAUCAUAAUGAGCAUCUUCAGAUGAGCUGCCUGCAAGCCAUUCUUUGACCCACUAUCACAUGGAUUAAGACCUGUUAAAAAAAAACUGUUGGACAACCAUGAGUAUGUAAACCUAGACUAGAUCGGUGAUCCUCCCCCUCUAUGUGACAGUGGUCAGGCUGCAGCUGGAGUACUGUUCAGUUCUGGGCACCCCACUUCAAGAGGGAUGUGGACAACAUUGAGAGGGUCCAGAGGAGGGCCACCCGCAUGAUCCAGGGACAGCAGGGCAGACCCUACAAUGAGAGGCUAUGGGACCUGAACCUGUUCAGCCUUUGCAAGAGAAGGCUGAGGGGGGACCCAGUGGCCAUCUAUAAAGUCACCAGGGGGGACCAGCAGGGUUUGAGAGAGACCCUGUUCCCCCUAGCAUCCCCCGGAGUAACAAGGAAUAACAGCCACAAAUUGUUAGAGUAGGUUCAGACUAGACAGCCAAAGGCACUACUUCAGUCAGGGCGGCUAGGAUCUGGAACCAACUUCCAAGGGAAGUGGUGCUGGCUCCUACCCUGGGGGUCUUUAAGAAGCGGCUUGGUGCCUACCUGACUUGGGGUCAUUUGAGCCCAGUUUCCCUCCUGCCCAGGCAGGGGGUCAGACUUGAAGAUCUACAAGGUCCCUUCCGACCCUACUUCUAUGAUUCUAUGGUACACCUUAAACAACAGCACUUGGAUCUUAAUGUGGUGGGGGACUCAAAAUAGGCAAUCGCCAAAAAACUCAGAGAGCCAGCGUAAAAACGUAUCCAACAGUGUCAGGGGGCGCCUGGAGCCACUUGAGCUCUGGUCAUAAUUCUGCUUUUACACAAUCUGCAGUUGAAGUGAGGGCCCUGUUCUGUAAAUACAGUAGCUUUUUACAGGAAUCGUUCAUUCAAAUUUGAAACCUUUUGCUCACAGCCUCUCUAGAAUUUAAGACAAUACUGUUUUCCCUAAUCCUGGAUUCAGAAAAUGCUUUGAGGGAAUAUUCAGCACUGCCUGGAACUGAAAAAUGUCUUUAUUAAAAUAUAACUGUAAUUACUAAAUGUUAACCAAUUUAGAUUUAUUUUUAAAGUAUUAUCUGUUUUAUUUCUGUAUCCCAUAAACCUAUAAACAGGCACUUUGUUACUCUUUUUAAAAACAAAACUAAUAAAAAUGUUUUCUCUUUA